CUAAAAGCUAACUGUUGCUAAGCUACUAGUUUAAGAUCGCAAGACUAGCCUGUUUGAACUCAUUAAGUACUAAUUGUAUCAUUUCUGACGGUUGUUUUAUUUAUACCCAAGUGUCGUUUUUUUUUGUUGUUGCUCCAAGUAACCGAACAUGGGUUUCGUGGCCAAGCGUUGCGGAGUGUGCUUUAACCCGCCGUCUAUAGUGGUGAUUUAUGUAGUCAAGGACGACAACAACGUGCGAAAACGAGUCAUACCGGUGAGAAACUUCUGUAGAACUUCUGACUGCUGCCUGGUUGCUGAGGGCCUGAAGAACCACCCCCGGCAUGAGGACUACUUGGAAAGAGUGCCCCAGAUUCAGCUGGAGAGGCUCUUGGUCAUCCUGAGGGAUCACCUGCACGGCUUCACGCUGACGCACAGCUUGGCUUCGCUUCAAGUGGACCCCAACGAAGACCUGAACAAGCUGGACGACGAGGCGCUGGCUCUUAAGAAAAACCGAAUGGAUGAAGUGUUCGAAAAGAACCGGACUCGCAACGGGGACCCGGAUUUUGUUUAUGACCUGGAGGUGGACUUUGGCAAGGCGGCGAAGGAGAAGUGCAGCUGGGAUGAGGAAUCCGAUGACGGGUUUUGACGUUUUCCAUCCAUUUUCUGUACCGCAUGUCCUCAUCAGGGCCCCGAGCCUAUGGCCGUGCAAUCGUACGUGGUGAACCUUAAAACUUUACCUGCUCAGUGGCCUUGUGGUUAGAGUGUCCGCCUUGAAACCUGAACGUCGUGAGCUCAAACCCUGGCCGAGUCAUACCAAAGACUAUAAAAAUGGGACACAUUGCCUCCCACGCAGCAUCAAGGGUUGGAAUCGGGGGGUUAAUUCACCAAAAUGAUUCCCGAGCGUGACCACCGCUCGCGCUCACUGCUCCCCUCAACUCCCAGGGGGUGAACAUGGGGAUGGGUCAAAUGCAGAGGAUCUA